AUGGCAAGACCACUCGUAUCGAUGAGGGUCAUCCUCAAUACCCUUCCUCAAGUAUCAUGUCGAGCCACUCCUAGCCCUGCCCGAAGGGUAUCCACUAGCAUCACCUUUCCCUUCUCACCUAUACCGUUUAUCAGAACAUACGCUACUCAUAAAUCGACUGCCCACCAACCCCCAUCGUCCAGCGCAGAUGCUACGGCGGAUCUACUACGCAACUCCGGAGCAGCAAGGAGAGCAGCCGAAGGUCCAGAAUCUGUCGGACCGUUCCCUCUGGGUGUAGGCGCAAGCGGGAGGAGGAAGACUUGGAGAUCAUGGAGUGAGCUAGGCGUAGGUGGGAAAUUGGUACGAACCACGCAACAAACCGGAAAUCUAGCUGUGAUAUUGAUAGGAGGAACAUUAUUCGUCAUAUUAACUUUAUCUCUAACUACCGAAUUGUUCGCUACCAAUUCACCUUCUGUACUUUAUUCGAAAGCUGUAGAUAUGAUACGUGAUUCCGAUGCGCUCAACGCUCAUCUCCUCCCACCACUUAAAUUCACCCACUCCCCCUCAUCUUCCGCACCCGUACGGGGAUCUUCUCCUAUCCCACAUACGUUCAUCAAGCAUCCUACAUCCGGUCGAGAUCAUAUGCUAUUGACGUUCUGGGUCCAUGGGAGGGGUAAAGAUGAGCCUGAGCAAUUGGGUUGGUUGAAAGGGUUUUACAAAAAGAUUGAAUCGUACGGUCGACUCGGCCUAACUUACGUAGGAUUGAUCGAGGAGGCUAGUCAAAAUGACACGAACUCGGGUACUCCAUCCGAGAUCGAAAAGAAUGGAAAUGGAAAUGAAGUUCAGGCUACACAGCAAUCUGAACAAGGUACGUUAGGUAGAUGGUUAGGCUCUUUCACUUCUUCUCUUAGAAAUACAUCCAUAUCAGGUGGAAGUAAAAAGCAAAGUAGUAGUGGUAGAGGAUUACCUCCCCCAGGUACUUAUACGAUAGGUGAAUGUAGAGCGGAAUACGUCAAGAACGCCUCAGGUCAAUAUACCUUGUUGUCACUAUUCGUCGAUAUACCUUCAUCUAAAGUAUCUUAUCCCUCUAGAGCAGUAAUUUAUCAUAGUCCCGAAGCUGCCACAGAGGGAUUGCUAGGUACUAGAAUAAGAUGA